AUGAAGGGACUCAACAGUGGAAUUGACAAAGCUUAUUAUGAAGCUAAGGAAAAGAGAAACUCUUAUGCAAAUAAACGCCGUGUUACCAAGGAACCUCAUGUCAAAGUUGGUGACCAAGUCUUAGUUAGACAAACAAAAGUCAAUAAACUAACUCCAAGAUUUGAUCCACUACCAUACCAGGUAACAGAGAUAAAAGGUACCAUGAUCACAGCCAGCCGAGCUGAUCAUAUGAUAACAAGAAACUGUUCACAUUUUAACAAGUUUCUUGGAAAAUCUAAUCUGAUUGCAGAUAUGCACAGUGAUAGCGAGACUGAUGAGGAAGAGAUAGAGCAUGUACCAGAUGAAAACAAUCCUUGCGAAAUCGGUGACCAACAUGUAAUAGGAGGUCAUAGAAACUAUCCGCAAAGACAGAGAUUUAGACCUUCAUAUUACCAUGAAGAACAUUAG